UGUAACACAGGAGCAUUCAGAAAGAUGGCGGCGUCCGUACAGAAGCCACAUGUGGAGAUUGAACUCGACUCAGAGGAAGAUGACAUGAGUGAAAACAAUCAGAAUGAGGAAAGUAGUGAGGAAGAGGAAUCAUCUGAUGGAGGUGAUGAUGAAGAAUCAGAAGAGGAAGCAGCUGAUGGAGGUGAUGAAGAAGGAGGCAAGGACGAGUCAUCAGCUGAUGGUGGGAUUGAGAAAAACCAGGAAGAGUCUGAUAAAAAUCCCAAUGCUGGCUGGGCAGAUGCCAUGGCCAAAAUCUUGGGAAAGAAAACACCAGAGGACAAGCCCUGUAUUCUGUUAAAAAACAAACAGAAGGAAAAGCUCAGUGCAAAGGAGAAGAAAGAGAAACUGGAAAAAAAGAAACAGGCAGAUAAAAAGAGAGCAUGGGAGAUGAUGUGCCGGGUGAAGCCAGAUGUAGUGCGAGACAAAGAGAAGGAAAGGAAUCUGCAGAGGAUUGCUACAAGAGGUGUAGUGCAGUUGUUUAAUGCAGUUCGUCAACACCAAAAGAAUGUGGAUGAAAGGAUGAAGGAAGUUGGUGGAUCUGAGAGGAAGAAGGCAAAGGUCCUUUCCUCAAUAUCUAAGAAAGACUUUAUUGACGUGUUGAGAGAAAAUGCUGGGUGUAAAACAGUGGUCAAAAAGACUGCAAAAUCAAUGUCUGAAGAGCAGAUCGAUGAGAAACCAGCAUGGAGUGUCUUGAGAGAUGAUUUCAUGAUGGGCUCAUCUAUGAAGGAUUGGGACAAGGAGAGUGAUGCAGAGGAGAGACAUAAGGAGCCAGACGGUGCAGAGGACUUCAACAGUGACUCAGACUGAGAUAAAUACCAUUUCUGUGGGAACACUUUCCUACUCAUAUGCAGCACGCACAUGCGGUGUGUCUCAUGUGCAAGGAGGCUAAACCGCAUAUUCACAGAUUCAGAUUCACAGAUUUCAAGCAAGGGGUCUUGUUAUUCAGAAUUCGGUGUAUUUGCUCAUCUAGCUCUGAUUUGCUUGUGCAGACGCCAAGGCAUGCGAUCCUCUUUUUUGGACUCUGAAAUUCUGAUGUGUAUCAUCUUUUUUGAAUUGUGUAAUCUAUCCAGAGAAUUCCAUAAUACUGAUGUUUAAAUAACAUCUGCUUGAGUAAUGUAUAUAGUUCUUUAUCAAAAACAUGUUCAGGAAUAAAAUCACCUUUUACAGA